ACUGUCAAUGAAUAAUGAUUUUGAAGCUUGAUUGAUCUUUCUUUGCUACAAAAGUGUCUUUUUUAUUGUGUUUUUUUUUAUAAAUAAUCAUGAUUAAUUACAAUCAAUCUUAUUAACCAGUCUGUGAAAUUGAUGAGCUGUUUGAAUUUACAUUGUUGACUUGAGAAAGUAAUUAAACACAAUCACUGGUUGAGCCAAGCUCUUGACAGGUAGGUAGCUGAUCGACUAUGACCAACUGUUGGAUAGAUGAAUACACAAUAUGCCGCGACUUGUCACUGGCACAGGGCAAAGAUGUUCCCGUGGAAAUUGAUAGAUCUGUUACAGUAGCUGAAAAUGAGCCACCGCCCGCCCUAAAUAUCACAGAAGAUACAGAGGAGGAAUUCUUCGGUCCCUAUGUAGGUGAUGGAGACACCAACUGCGGCCCAGACCUUCAUUUGAUAACACAAAUGUUAAAAGUGGUGAACCCACAUCCUGAUGGUGACAGUCCUGAAGAGCCGCCCAGCCCCAGCUUGGCCCACACCAGCCUCAACAUGUUCAAGAGGAAAGAGAACAAUAAACCUGUAGAGACCAGUCCUACAGUUGCACUUCAGCCAAAGACAGACACCGUAGCGGAACAGCCCCGUACGUACGUGCCGUCGGCGCGCGCGGCCGAGUACUACAAGAAGUUCAGCGAGCAAAGCCAGGCGCUAGAGCAAAGCCGAGACACCAUCUGGAGCAGACUCGAGCGACAGAUGAGAGAGAUCGAUGAGAAAAGGAGACAGAACACACUAGACAAUGAACAAAGCUCCAGCAGUGCCGGCACACAAGGCUCGAGAUGGAAAAAGAAAAAGAGGAAAGCAGUACAGAGGAUGGGACAUUAACAAAAUGGGACAAACAACUUGGAGACAAACAACUGGCCCAGGAGAGGACAAAAUGGAAAAUGCUGGAAAAGUAUAAUAAUAUUUAACUUAAGUAUUAUUUGUAUUUGUAUUUGUAUACUAGUGGAUGUCGGCGGACGGCGACUUCGUCCUUGUGAAAUUUAGAUUUUCACAAAUCCGCGGGAACCAUUUUCCAUAGCUCGUAGCAAGUAGCUCCUGCUCAGUAACCUCCGCUAUCUUCCAGUGCAAGUCUCAUUGAAUCGGCGCAUCCAUUUUAGAAAUGAGUGUUUUAGUGUCAUGUAAAUAACUUAAAUUAUUAGAUAUGGCACUAGCGCGUCGUUUCAAUUCAAUCAAAUUCGUCGUCGUCAAUUGUCUUCAUUUCAUUUAGUCACAUAGUAAAUAAUGAAAGUUAUUUAAACAAUAAUAAAUAAAUAAAAUAAAAAAUACUGUGUACAAUGUCGAGUUGUGUGUUCAGGAAGUGUAAAAACUAUAUGUGUCUUAACUUAAAUAUAUAAUGUAAGUGUAUACAAAAUUGUGCAUGUGUGCGCUCAAUGGAGUAGCUGAGUUUCGAUCACUUUUUAGCCACGUACCAUAUCUUAUAUUAUAAAAUGUUUUUGAGCAAAUCAAUUAUUAUUCACGUACCUAUAUAUUUAUGAAAAUACCUUUUUUAGCUGCCAAAGCAAAAAUCAGGUUAUAAUAACCAUGACAGUAGAUACCAAAAAAAGUACCAAUUAGGAUGCGGUUUUUUUUCCUAUUGAAAUAUUGGAAGAAUUCCUUGUUUAAGUAUGUUAGGUAUGAACAGGCUGAACCUUAGCGGUAUGGGCAAAAGUCAAAAUUGCCAAUUCCAAAAACAAAUUAUGAUAUAUUAAUGUAAAAUUAAUGUGAUACUCGUAGUAAAGAUCUCAUUGAUGUAAAACUUUAUAAAAUUUUAAAUUAUUUAACUAGUUAGACGUGUGCUUUCGUAUUUUCAUGGCAUGCUGCAUUUUUACUUUUAUUGUUUCUAACUAGCUCAGCCCCCCUAGCCAAGUGGCUCGUCGAUUAUCUUACUAUGAUCGCUAACGCUUCGAAAACUAGAAAAAUGUAUGGAAUGAAUCUUGAUGACGUGACCUGUCGAUAGCAAAUGUCAUUCCCAUACAUCUUUCUAGUUUUCAAAGCGUUAGCGAUCGUAGGAAGAGAAUCGACGUGCCACGUGGCUGGAGGCUACCUCUGAUUUGUUUCAUAUUCAAAUGCCAAAGAUGUCUCCUGCACAGCAUGGAAUUGGAUCAGAGACGUACUCGUAAGCGAUAUCCGAAUUCGGUCUAGAUUUUUAUAUGUUUUUUACGGUUUUAGAUCUGGUUCAGUGCGAACAAUAGGGGUGGUUUGAUCAAUGAGUUUAUUUUUUAAUAGUGUAAAUAGAUAGUUGUAAAUAAACCAAAUAAAUAAACAAAAUAAUUAAUGAUAUGAUGAUAAUUAUUAUUUCAUAAACUACGUAGGUGUACCUUUUUUUGAAUUAUCUUUUUUAAUUUAUUUAUUUAAUACAAUUAAUAUCAAGAAAUUUCAUAAUUUUUAUACACAAAUUCACAUUUUAUACAGUUUCUUGUAUUUGUAACUCGGUAGUGUGAGAAUUUGUUUGUAUCUCUUUAUAUGUAUAGAGAGAGAUGUAUCGACAAAUUCAGAGCGCAGAGUAUUAAGGUAUAAAUAUAUACAUACGGAAAACCUCUACUGCUUUGUGAUUGUUAGUUUUAAGAGCUCCUUCUUACAAGCAACGUAGUCGUCCGAUGAACGUAUGCGCAGCGCAGACAAACGUAACUGUGUAGGUGCCCUUAAUGAGCUAUUUCCUCUAAAGGUAAAAAAAAAAUCCGCUAUGAGCAGGGAGAGGGGUACAAAAGUGUUGAUUUUCUAUAGUAAUCACCAUCAAUUCCAAUGAUUUUUUUUUAUCGUUACCGUCUGCAAUGCAUUCAAUUUCUUAAUUUUUAGGUGUAUGAAUAUACUUUUGACGUUGUCAAUGGAGAAUUCAAAAUAAUUCGACCACUAACCGCUGGAUUUCCGUAACCGACAAAAACAAAAAGUUACAGAACAAUAUUUUUUGAAUUUAAUAGAAUUAGGUAUUCAAUCAUUUUAUUCCAAUAAUUUCGAUGUCUUAAUUAAAGGAAUUUUAUUACUUAUAGGUACGCAUUUGCAAUUUCGCUGAUGAUUAAAAAUUACUUUUUUUGGGCUUUACUUUAAAAUACUAUCAACUAAUGUCGCUUGUGCUACAAAAUAUCAUUCCUUUUACACUUACGAUAAAGAUGUUACUGUCGGUUAUACACUAAAAUUAAAAAAAUAGUUUUACUAACUGUUUAUAAUGGUAUAUUUUAGCCACUCAAAACUCCACUACAAAAUCUAAACUUACUCCAAAAUCGUUUGUAAAGAUAAUCUUGACUUUUUUUAGAAUAUUAUGUUACUUGGCCUUAAAUUGACACUUAAAUAAAAGUGUCGCUUACUAUAAUUUGACGGUCAUAUGUCAAAAUGCAUCUUCCCCUGGUGCUUUCGCUAGCGGAUUGUUUAAAAACCUUUAGAGGAAAAUGGCUCAAUGUAUUGUAAUGAUGCAUCCUGUAUAGUUUAAUAGUCUAAUUAAUUUAAUGAAUAUGAGAUUAGGUACAUUAAAUGUCUAUUUUAAUUUGUGUUAACUAUUUAUACUAUAUUUUUUUAUACUAUUUAUUUUUUACACAAAGUGUACAUAGAGUAAGUUAUUGUUGUGCUGUAAAAUAUAAGCUUUUGAAAA